AUGACGUCCUAUCCCAUGUAUGAUCGGGAUUUCUUCAUGGAACCGUGUUAUAUACCUUCAUUCAACACUGGUCCAACUGUUGCUGGUACAUCAACUACGGCUGUUUCUGCUAUUCAUAAUCACUAUGAUUUCUAUCAAUCCAAUGGCGUCGUUCCUGUUCCUCCCGCUGUUCAAGACGGAAUAAAUCCGUAUGGCUGGAGGCCCGAUUGGAACAGACCGCCGAGCAAUGAGUGGCUGGCACCUACGGCUUUUCAUAACCCCGCUCCUGCAGUGGUGGAUCAAAUGCCGUCAUAUAAUCACAUGGAGCCCAUUCCGGGAACUGCGAUAGAGAUUAAGGCUCCAACUUGUAGAAGUCGUGAAAGCACUUCGAAUAAGGCUUUCAGGUGCCAGUUGUGUGGAAAGUACUUCUCGCAAGCUGCCAAUUUAACUGCACACAAACGGGUUCAUACAGGCGAGAAACCAUUCGAAUGCUCAAUAUGUAACCGGCCGUUUUCUCAAAGUUCCUCUCUGGUAACCCACAGACGGACGCACACGGGCGAGAGGCCGUAUCCAUGCAAGCACUGCGAUAAAGCGUUUACAGAUAGUAGUACGCUAACCAAACACCUUCGAACUCAUACAGGACAAAAGCCAUACUCAUGUAGUACAUGUCACAUGCGCUUCACACAGUCUGGUAAUCUACAUCGACAUAUGAAAACGCAUAGAAACUAA